AAUAAAUCCACAUUUUUACCUGUCGAUGAUUAUUUUAUGCUUUGUUUGGGCAGUGUUACUUAACGUUUGGGAUAUAACUUGCUACGGAGCUGUAGCAACCUACUAUACAGGUAACAGAAUAUUCAUGUUUAUUGAGCUGUUCAUGGUGACAUUCAUGUAUCUGGUAUUAGGCAUGAUACACAAACGAUAUAACCACAUUCAAAUGUUGGUGAAAGAUACAUCAAUGACCCAUUUUUGCUGUCAAGUAAUGACCAGAAAGAAGUUUGGAGAUAUUGGCAGACAUUACUUUAGGAGUUAUCGGUUGGUUGACAGAUUCAACGACUUGUUUGGAUGGAUUGCUUUUCUGAUUGUAGCAAACUCUUGCUUGUCUAUACUAGCCUAUACAACGUGGUCGCAUGAGAAGAAGUAUGGAAGUUUUAAAGGAGAGAAAAUACUGAUGGCUAUUGCACAAACUACCUUGAUAUUGGGAUAUAAUACUGCUUUGGUUACGUCAUGCGACGGAAUCAUCAAAACGAAAGAGAAAAUAACGAUCUCAUGCUACCUACAACAAAUUGAGACUACUGAUAGUCACUUGGUUGAGGAGCUAAGCAAGUUUGCUUUGACGACAGAAAGGCUCACGCCACGCUUUCUGGCAGGAGGGCUACUUGAAAUUAAUCAAAACUUCUUUUCCGGAUUUCUCAUGUCAGUAGCAUCGUAUUGUAUCAUUUGUAUUCAAUUCAAUGUUGACAAAUAAACUGCACCAC